UCAAAUGGCAUGAAACGCGAAGGACUUGGGAUUUCCUGUACGAAUUGAAAGAGAAACAAUGGAUCUUCCAGUCACUGAGAUAAAUCUGGUCAGAGGAACAAGUGGUCUUGGUUUCAACAUUCGUGGAGGAGUAGAUGCUCCACAUAUUCAGGGAGAUUCUGGGAUUUUCGUCACCAAGAUUAGAGAAGAUGGAUCUGCAUUUAAAGAUGGACAGUUAAAGGAAGGAGACAAAGUGUUAGAGGUGAAUGGAUUAGACUUGUCCCAAGUCACACACCAGGAAGCUGUGUCUUGUUUUGUUAAUGCGGGAGAAGAUGUCAGGAUGAAGGUUCAGCAGGGAGCUGAAGCUUUAAUCACGAAACGACUAGAAGACUCAAUGGCAAAGCAAAGCAAGGGAAAAACUCCAGACGAUAAAAGUGGAUCGUGGAAACUUCCACUAAUGCUCCUCCUUGUUGGUGUAGCUGGUGCAGGCGCCUUCGUGUAUUGGAGGAAAGCAUUUCGAUGAUAUAAAAACUGUGAUACCUUUCAAAUGUAUUAUAAGUUAAUGACAGUGGUGUUUAAGUGAUAAGACCGUAAGACAAUAUCCUUUUAUGAUAUAUUUCCCAUUGGUGGAGAACAGAAAAUCUUUUAUAAGAUGCUUCUGGUUUUGAAUAAAAUUACCUGAAUGUGAAGUAAAAUCUCAGUUGUACAGUAAUUAUAUACCUAUAAAAGUGUUUGCAAAGAUUAAAGUUUGUUACAGAGUACAUGGGUAAAAUCCACAUUAUCAGGCAUGUAGAGAUGAUACGCUAUGUCUUGUUACAACCAAUUGGGGCAUAUUUAACCCUGGUCACCUUAGUGAAAGUGAAUUUUUAUGUGAUUUGCUGUGCAGCUCAACCAUCUGACUUUCCAUGUAGUGGUUCAGUACGCAUUGCAUGUGCAAGUAUAAUUUUUUCAUUUUUUGUUUUAUUGUAAGAAAAUUGAACAGCUCUGAAAUAUUUUUUCGCUAUUUCAAAUACUUGAUAUAUAAUAUCAGAAAAAUGAAUUUUAGAAGGAAGUUAGUACUAACCUGUACUCCACCAAUGGGGAAUAAUGCAUUGUAAAAUGUACAGUUUUGGGCACAUGAUUAUAUAAUCUUAACAAUUCACAACAAGUGUUACCUGUGUGUCUUACAUAGUCAUAUAAGAUGUGUAUAAAACAACAAUGCCUGUCAGAAUUUUGUUGGUGCCUUCCAUUUCUUAUCUUCUGUAUUUUAGCAACUAAGUAUCUAAUAUUGAUUGGAGCACAAUAGGAACAUUAUUUUUUUUUUGUUUUUUUUUGUUCCACAAAGGUUUGAGAAAUGUCAAUGAUCAAAUAUACAAAAUAUUGGGUUGGCAAUCGUUUGAUGAAACUUAGAUUAGAAUUUAAAUGUUUUCAUUUGAAAAUUUUUGAAGUAUAGAAAAGUACAGUUUUUAUUGGCAUUUGUUUUCAUAGCUCAUAUUGCUUAAAUUAAGGCUUGCUUUUAUCUUUUUCUCCGACCUAAAAUUAAUAAUAGUAGUAUGAAUAUUUUCUCAAAAUAUUUUUUUCUUCAGAACUGUCAUCUCAUUUGGUGAAUCAAUAUUUUAUAAGAAAAAAACUGUUAGUUCUGGUAUGGAAAGAUUUAAAUAAGAACUUUUUAAAAAUACAGAUUUAUAAUCAAGUUGUGUUAAUUGUGGUUCUAGAACUUGGGGUCUGAAUGAGAUCUAUAUAUAUGUUAUUUGAGAAUUGUGUUUCGUACAAAUAGAAUUGAGGAUUAAGGGUGCUUCUUUGUAAAUCUCCCUUAUAAUAGGAGAUGGAUAUAUACCUUUCCAUAUUGUUCCAAUGGAAAAUAAUUAUGAAAUGCAAUGUUACCAAUAUAUAUAUCAAUGUGUGCUUGUAUUUUGAGAUUUUCCUACAGAGAAAAAACUUAAAAACUUCAUUUUGGAGACAAAUGAAAGUAGGGGAAAUGUUUCAUCACUAGAUUCUAUUUUGUUUAUCACUAAAUUUUGUUUGUGUUGCUGAACGUUAUUUUGUUGCUUUCUUUUGCACAGAUUAAAGACGGAAUGUAAGUGUGUGAGGAAAUGGGUACUCAAAUGAUACUCUUAGCAAUGAGAAUAAUCACUUGGUCACUUUCUAUACAGACUUGAGAUUUCUCUGUAGUUUCGAAUGUUUUGUACCAAGUUAUGUGUCAGACAGUGGAUAGAAAGUGACUCAAAUUAAUAGUGAAUUUGUUUAAUAUUGAUUAAAAAUGUUUAUACAUUUUUAGAUUAAAAGACAUUUAAAAGAUGCACAUCAAAAUGGUUAAUAUAAAUUUGUUUGAAUUAAAAGGAAGUGAUACGUAGUGAAAAAAUCUACAGAUAAUAACCAGAUUAUCUUAAAUUAAGAAAAAAUGUUUAUGUGAAAACUCUUACAAAAUGAAUCAUAUAAUUUCUUUGGCUGUGAACAUUAUUUGGUUUGACCAGAUUGUUGAGAGUUGUUUGGUUAUAAGUAUGGACCUACAGGUCUUAUUUUGCUCUCUGAUGGUCUUGACAAAGCUUUUUGAGAUCUGCAUUAACACAGGCAGGUCUGUUGUAUCUUAUGCCAGAAAUGCUACAUUUGAAGUGAUGACAAACCUGAUUGUAGGCAAAGAAAUCCACAGUGGUGUUUGGAGAUAUAUUUGCUCUCCAUUAUGACGUUACCAGGUGACUUUCUUGGAUUAGUACUACUAGAUAAUGUAGAGUAUUGUGUGCCAUAUUUCACAACAAAUUGAUCUCACCUAUUCAUUAUUCUGGGUAAUGAAUAUAUGUGUGCAUUUUUUUAAUAUAAGAUGCAUAAAAACCAUGAAGCACUGUAGCUGUAGGUCAUAGUUAAUGUGGUACAGGUACAGGCCUGGGACACAUUUCAAAUGAAUAAUCUGUACAGGGAUUUCACAAGAAAACCAUACAUUUCUUAAUUGAGACCAAAGUUGUUAUCUCUUUGUAAAAUUGUGAUUAACUACAAUGUGAAUAUAAGACGGGAUAUGUCCAGAGCCUGUCAAAUCGUGACAGAAUAAUGGAGGUUUAACAUUGAAGGAUGUUAUGUGUAAUGGACUGGUGUCCACGGCCUGUUGAACUACCAUAACCUAUGUAAUAUGUCAAAGUCUACUUAACUUGUGUUGGAGUGAAGUUUCAUCGUUUAAAAGCUCAAAUGUUUAUACAUAACAGCAAAAGAGAUUUUAAUGAAUGUUUUCAAAUCUUGUUGAAAUUUCAGAGAGGUGUACAUGUUUUAGCCUGUUCAUGAAUAUAGUGGUAAUAUGAGGUGAUGUAAAAUUCCAGUUAAAGAAUAAAUCAGAUUAAGUGAGAUUGAAUGAGAUAUUUAGUUAAGGGAAUAUAACUGAGGUAUUAUCAGAGCAAAUGUGAUUUUAUGCAUACGGUCAUUCUGACAUGAAAUGCAGGCAAGAAAUUUCAGCUGUGUAUUGAAUUUACAUGUUUGUCAAAAAAACCUAUCUGAUAUAUAUUAGUGGAAUAGAAGAUAGCAUGCAUUUAUACCAUACAUGUAGCUGUGGUGAUACCAACAUUUUUUCAGUGUAAUGAUUUGUAAUCCUACAUGGGUUUGUGGUGACUGUUUCCUCAACUCGGGAGUGGUGCAGAACUAUAUUUACAAAAAGACCUUUCAUACUCAUUUCAACUUUCACUAGAUUUUAUGUACAGCCUUGAUUAUUUAUGUUGAAUGUCUUGACUCGAAAACAUAUACAUACCUGGUAGUCACAUUUUCAUCAUUCCAUAUCACACACCUUAGUGUAACCUUUUGUCGAUCAGAAAAGUAUUCUCAACAAUAGCUUUGUAUGCUGCAUUCCCAUGUAGCUUUGAAUUCAAUCAUAUAGCUUAGGUAUUUGACAAGGUCACCAGUGUGCUUAUCUAAUUUCUUACUUUAUAUCUUGCUAUCCAACAUAUCCGUAUGCAAAAUUAAAAAAAAACCAAAUCGCUUUUGUUAAAAAUUCUAGCAAGCCAUCAUUGCUUUUAAAAUGUGACAGAAUUCUGAAAAAAAACCUCUGGAUCAUUUAAAAAAAAAAAAAAAAUAUGUAUAUUUACCACAAUGUCUGUAAAAAUGUCUGUCUUGAUGGAAUGUUUGUUUUUUCUGAGGUACUAAUUUUGUAUGUUUUAAAGUGGUAAUUUGUGUUUAGAAAGUAUGCAUCGAAAACCAGUGUUAACUCCUACACUCUUGUCAGUUGAUAUUUGUAAGAAUGAUGAAACCACUAGUUAAGCAUGUUUACUUUUAAAGCAUUGAGAGUAAAAACUAAAACAGUAUUUUAAGUAUAUGUAUGUUUUUCAACUAAAAUCGUGUGCAAAUACAAAUUUACAAUAUUUCAAAUGGGUAAAGUUUGAGUGCUUUGCUUUUUGAAGGAAAGUUUUUAUUAACUCUACAGAGUUUGACUGAUAGAUGUGUCGCACAAUUUAAGAGACCCUUCUAUACUGAAUUUAUUUUAGUAUGAAUACAAAACAUGAAUUUAUGACUUUGAUGUAUAAAUGUGUGUAGUAAAUGACACUUUGUAGCGAUGAAUGUUUUGAAUUUUGUCUUCAGUUUGUCUUUGAUGUUUUUUUUGUAGUCUGUUUAUAUGAAAUAUAACAACAAUUUUGUUUUAAUAUGAUUCUGUGUUUAAUAAAACCUAUCCUGUUA